CAUUGUCAAAUGUCAAUGUCAUUACUUCAGUAACAAAAACAGUGGAGUUGAAAAAACGAGCAAUUUAUUAAUUAAAUUAUAAUGUCCACGUGAAAAUAAUGUGCUUUUAUAAUAUACCUGUAAAUAUUAGACAGGAAGCAUAAAUGAAUCGACGAAUUAACUUUAUGGGAUACAGAUUGUCCGGCUCAAAAUGUCUUGGUAUCUGUUUGAUGUUGACUUUUGUAAUGGGUUGUUAUUUAGCUGCUUUACCCAUUCGAUACGAAAAAGAGGCCCUACCUAACCCAGUACGACAACGAAUAACAUCUCAAGAAACGCCGAAAAAACGUCUCGCAGUGCUCGUGCCUUUCCGGGAUCGCUUUGAAGAACUUCUAGAAUUCGUGCCACACAUGUACAGCUUUUUAAACCGCCAAAAAAUACCAUUUCACAUAUUUAUAGUGCAACAGAAAGACAACAAUCGUUUUAACAGGGCUUCUUUAAUAAAUGUCGGGUUUAUUUAUUCUAAGAAGGACUAUGACUACAUAGCUAUGCAUGAUGUGGACUUGUUGCCUUUGAAUGAUAAUUUAAAGUAUGACUAUCCUGCGGCCGGGCCGAUGCACAUAUCUUCUCCGAAGACACAUCCUAAAUAUCACUAUGAUACCUUUAUAGGAGGCAUUUUAUUAGUGACUAGAGAACAGUAUGAGUUGGUGAAUGGGAUGUCUAAUAACUACUGGGGGUGGGGAUUGGAAGAUGAUGAGUUUUACGUGAGAUUAAAAGAUGCAAAACUGACUGUGAUGAGACCAAGCAAUAUUAGUACUGGGAUAGAUAAUACUUUUAGACAUGUCCACGACAAAACGUAUAGAAAACGUGAUAUGCGGAAAUGCUACAACCAGCGCGAGGUAACCCGUCGCCGCGACCGUGAGACCGGCGUCCAUGACGUGUCAUACAAGCUACACAAUACACACACCGUGGCGGUCGACGGGUUAAACGUCACAGUUUUAAAUGUGGAACUCAUUUGUGAUAAAAACAGAACUCCUUGGUGUCAGUGUCCGGAACCUGUUAAGGCAGCUAAGAAAACUUGAAUUUAAAAAUGGAACUGAGGAAUGAAUGUUAAAGGUAAGCAUCUAUAGGCCCGUAUCGUACGCAUUCCGUAUGACGUCAUCAGUACGCAUCGCAUGUAGACAUUGCUGAUGAUGCGGUCCGUACGAUGCGGAUCAGUGGACGCAGUUGUAGUCAAAGUCAAGGUCAAUUAUUUUUAUUUCAAAUAGACCAGGAAGGCACUUUUGAACAUCAAAGCAAAUAUAAUAAUAUUAAUAACGUCUGUCUGUCGGUCA